CUGGCCUGGCUGAACCACGCGGGCCCACGUGCAGAGGGGUCGAGGGGAGGAGGCAGAGUGACAGCAAAACCGUCUAACAGAGAAAUAAGUGAUGAGAGGCGAGAAGGAGCCAGGAGCCUGGGGAGAUUCUCUAGCCGUGGUCCCUGAGCAGAGCAGGCCCCAAGCUGUUAAAAAGGCAGCCGUCCAGCCCCUCGGCAGCAGCAGCCCGACCCAGCUCCAGAGCGAGGACCUCGGCACCAGGUACUUCCUCCAGCUGCCCGGCCACUGAGAUGUCCCAUUUUAGCAGAACGCAUGGGCGUAGCUAAUGAAGAAGGACCCAAAGUCUGACGAGAAAGUUCACCGGGUGACGGCCCAGAAAUCGGUUCGCUCUAGUAAUAAUUAAUCUCACCUGAACGGCUUGCUGCUCUCUCAAAGAACGCUCGACGUGUAACGAUGCCCCCCGGCAGCCGAGGAGAACCGUGAAGAGCCCAAACGGGGCGUAACCUCCGGGCCCCCUGCCCUUUCGCUCCCGGAUGGCGGCCGGAACGGCAGGGCAGAGCCCGUGAGGGCGGCCCGCCUGAGACAUGGGCCCGGGUGAGGAUGGCCCGGGUGGGGGGUCGACCCCCUUGCCCCCGACCCCCACGGCGGCGGCCCCCGCUGGGUCCUUAUCCCGCUUCUCGCCCGUGGACUACGCGGUGUUCAUACUGCUGCUGGUGCUGUCCGUCUUGAUCGGGCUGUUCCACGCGGUGCGUGGAGGGGGCCAGCGCACCAUCCGCCAGUUCCUGAUGGCGGACCGGAGCAUGGGCUGCCUGCCCGUGGCCCUCUCCCUGCUCGCCACCUUCCAGUCGGCCGUGGCCCUCCUGGGGGUUCCCGCGGAGAUCUACCGGGCUGGCACGCAGUACUGGUUCUUGGGCUGUUCCUACGUGUUGGGGCUGCUCCUUCCUGCCCACGUCUUCAUCCCCGUCUUCUACCGCCUGCAUCUCUCCAGUGCUUAUGAGUACUUAGAGCUGCGCUUCAAUAAGACCGUGCGGGUGUGCGGGACCCUGACUUUCAUCUUCCAGAUGGUGAUAUACAUGGGCGUUGUACUGUAUGCUCCUGCCUUGGCACUCAAUGCAGUGACGGGCUUUCAUCUGUGGGGAUCGGUGCUGACCCUAGGCAUAGUCUGUACCCUCUACACCACCCUGGGCGGGCUGAAGGCCGUCAUCUGGACGGAUGUGUUCCAGGCGUUGGUCAUGUUCCUGGGGCAAGUGACCGUCAUUGCCGUGGGCGCUGCCAAGGUGGGCGGGCUGGGGCAUGUGUGGAAUGUGGCUGACCAGCAUGGCCGGAUUUCUGGGAUUGAGCUGGACCCGGACCCGUUUGUGCGCCACACCUUCUGGACGCUGGCUUUCGGGGGGGUCUUUAUGAUGCUCUCCCUGUAUGGCGUGAACCAGGCCCAGGUGCAGCGUUACCUCAGCUCCCGGACGGAAAGGGCGGCUGUUCUCUCGUGCUAUGCAGUGUUCCCCUUCCAGCAGGUUGUACUCUGCCUCGGCUGCCUCAUUGGCCUGGUCAUGUUCACCUAUUACCAGGAACACCCCCAGCCUCCCCACCAAGCCCAAGCUUCCUCCGACCAGAUGGUUCUCUACUUUGUGAUGGACAUCCUGGGCGGGCUGCCGGGCCUACCCGGGCUCUUCAUUGCCUGCCUCUUCAGUGGCUCCCUCAGCACCAUCUCCUCAGCUUUUAACUCCUUGGCGACUGUUACCAUGGAAGAUCUGAUCCGGCCCUACUUCCCCAGGUUCUCCGAGGCCCAGGCUACCAGACUUUCUAAGCUCCUGGCCUUUGGCUAUGGUCUGCUUUGCCUGGGAAUGGCCUAUAUCUCCUCUAAGAUGGGCCCUGUGCUGCAGGCAGCCAUAAGCAUCUUUGGAAUGGUCGGGGGGCCGCUGCUCGGACUGUUCUGCCUUGGCAUGUUCUUCCCUUGUGCCAACCCAGCUGGUGCGAUAGUAGGCCUCGUGGCUGGCCUCCUCAUGGCUUUCUGGGUUGGCAUCGGGAGCCUGGUGAGUAACGCGAAUGCCGGGGUGGCCCUCUCUCCGCCCAAUGGGACUAGCUUCCCUCUGCCCGGCAACCUGACCACUGCUGCUGUGACAACCAUGCUGGCCUCAACGACCGUCAUGCCCAAGCCCACGGGGCUGCGCCGUUUUUACGCCCUGUCCUACAUGUGGUACAGUGCCCACAACUCCACUACCGUCAUCGUCGUGGGGCUGCUGGUCAGCCUGCUCACAGGUGGGAUGCGGGGCCGUGACCUGAACCCUCGCACCCUCUACCCGGUGAUACCGCGCCUCCUCGCCCUUCUGCCGUACUCUUGUCGGAAACGCCUGCCCUGCCAGGAUUGCAGCCAGGAACCCUCCUGGGGCCCAGACGGCUGCCUGACACCUGGGAAGAUGAGUAAUGGUGGGCUGCAUGCCUUUGGGGAGGAAGAGGUCAGAACAGGGCCCCAGCAGGACCCCACUCACCAGGCUGCCGGUCCUACCUUCGUGCUUCAGGAGACAUCACUGUGACCCGGGGGCAGAGACCCUCCGCCAAGCCCACCUUCCUGAGGCCAGGAGUGCCCGACACCCGGGCCGCACCAGCCGGGAGCCCUUUCCCUCCCCUUCUGUCUUCGAAGCCUGGCUGGGGCCUUGGACUGGUCCUGGGUUAGUGAAGGGGGAGAGAGAGGAGGAGGAGGAGGACAGAACCACUCUCUCCACCAUACCCAGACUCCUAGGAAGGGCUGCUCCUUGCUGAUGAGACUAACCCGGUUGGGCGACAUCCAAUGGCCCCGGUGCCUUGGGUCUGUUUCUGCUAGCCAGGCCCUCCACCCCCACAGCAGACCAGCUGGGUCCUUUCUACCCUCUUCUCCCUCUUUCUCCCCCUCCCAAGUCCAAGUAUGACACUGACAGAGCUGAGGCCUCUCCCUGCCUCAUUCUGCCCAUCCCCUGAUGCAGAAGCAAAGCCCCCAUCCAGGAGAGCCCUCCACCCAUAGGUGACCUGAAUCCUCCACUCCCUCUGCUGCUAAGUGAUGUGAAGGGAGGGUGGGGGCAGUGGACUGACCUCAGCUCUUCACUCCUGCUGCUGCUCUUGCGGCCACCGCUGCUAAUAGACCCACUGUGGGGAGGGGGAGCCAGCCUGGGGGUGGGGGUCGUCCAUCCGGAGAGCACUGGGACCAGGGCCGCUCGGUGGUCUCACCCCUCCGAUCCCGCCCGUGCCUCGGGCCGGGCCACCUCGGUGCCAUUUUGCCAUGCCCUGUUUCUUUCUCCUAGGAAUCCUUUGUCCAGAUGAAUAAAAUGGUCAUUCCAGCUGAA